AGGGCAUAAUGGUAAAUAGAGAGAGUUGGGCAGGGCUUAUGGGUAAAAAAAUGAAGGAGGAUGUGGGGGGGAUCUUGAGCUCCGACGAGUGGCAAGUGAAGGUGUGGGGAAAGCAACAUAAAUCGACAAAAACAAACCGUCUUCUCAAAAAUACGACUCUAUCAUCUCUGCCUCUGGCUUUAAAUCUCUCUUCAUCGCUUGCAGCAGAGAAUCUUCUCUCUGCUCCUCAUUCGAAGACGACGACCAAGAAACUUCCAAGUGAUUUUGCAUUUUCCUGGAAACUUUUUUUCUUUUUCUUUUUGUCGAAGACACUGCUCCCUUCUUAUAGCCAAGUCUCUCGCUUCACUCCCCCCCCCCCCCCCCNNNCCCCUCCAUUACCAUAUGAUGCGGCGGUGACCUCUGAUUUAGCGGUGGUGCUCGAUCUCUAUCACUAAUGUCGGCGUUGUAGAGAAAACUCUGGAUCCAACUCUCUGAUUUCGGUAAUUUCCAUAAAACAAGUAGCUCAGUAAAGGAACGGGUUGGUUGAUCGAAGAAGAAAAUGUCACAUUCAUGGGAUGGUCUUGGAGAGAUUGCGUCAGUAGCGCAGCUGACUGGUUUAGAUGCCGUCAAGCUGAUUGGGCUCAUUGUUAAAGCUGCCAAUACCGCUUGGAUGCACAAGAAGAACUGUCGUCAGUUCGCUCAGCAUCUCAAACUCAUUGGGAAUUUGCUUGAACAGCUCAAGAUCUCUGAGAUGAAAAAGUAUCCUGAGACUCGUGAGCCUCUCGAAGGGCUUGAGGAUGCUUUGAGGAGGUCUUACCUUCUCGUCAAUAGCUGUCGUGACAGGAGUUAUCUUUACUUGUUGGCUAUGGGUUGGAACAUUGUUUACCAGUUCAGGAAACAUCAGGAUGAGAUUGAUCGUUUUCUCAAGAUCAUACCGCUUAUCACCUUGGUUGAUAACGCUCGCAUUCGGGAGAGGUUUGAAUAUAUUGAUCGUGAUCAGCGCGAGUAUACUCUGGAUGAAGAGGACAGACAUGUGCAAGAUGUUAUUUUGAAACAAGAAUCCACGAGAGAAGCAGCAUCAGUGCUGAAGAAGACUCUCUCUUGCUCAUACCCUAACUUGCGUUUCUGUGAAGCUCUCAAAACAGAAAACGAGAAACUGCAGCUUGAACUUCAGCGUUCGCAGGAGCAUUAUGAUGUGGCUCAGUGUGAAGUCAUUCAGCGUUUAAUUGGUGUUACACAAGCUGCUGCUUCUGUUGAUCCUGACUCUGAGAAGGAGCUCACGAAGAAAGCUUCCAAAAAAGCUGAGCGUACCUCAAGCAUGAACACAGAAUAUUCUUAUGAAGAAGAUACUCCUAAGAAAAGCAGUAGUCGUGCAGCCUCGAGAUCCGCUUCUAAUGUUUCAUCGGGGCAUGAUCUACUUUCACGAAGAGCAUCACUAGCAGAACACCAUGAAGAAUGGCAUACUGACUUACUUGCUUGUUGCUCGGAACCUUCUCUUUGCUUGAAGACAUUCUUUUUUCCAUGUGGUACUUUGGCAAAGAUUGCCACUGCAGCAUCUAACAGGCACAUCUCUUCAGCUGAAGCAUGCAAUGAGCUAAUGGCAUAUUCUUUGAUACUUUCGUGCUGCUGCUACACUUGUUGUGUAAGGAGGAAACUCCGGAAGACACUAAACAUCACGGGAGGGUUAAUUGACGAUUUUCUAUCCCAUGUGAUGUGUUGUUGCUGUGCUCUUGUACAAGAACUGAGAGAAGUUGAGAUUCGUGGGGCUUAUGGUAUGGAAAAAACGAAAAUAAGUCCGCCUUCGUCGCAGUUCAUGGAACAUUGAAAUUCUUAAAUUAUACAAAAGGUGAACAGAACAACGGAAUCGUAUGCUAUCUGUUAAGGGGUCUGAGUUAUAUCACCAGUCACUACCAUGGCCAAAAGUCUAAAGCAUCGACAAAGAGAUUGAUAGUCGCCACCAUGGCCAAAAGCCUGAAACAUCGACAAAAGAAUUGAUAUGACUGAUGAUGAUUCUCUUGUUCCCAAAUUGGACAUAUCUUGUCGGUUUCUUUUUAAUGGAUGGUUGGUUUUACAUGUUUUACUU